AUGCGCUUUGCUUCAAGACAGGUCACAGGUCUCGUCACUGCACGCUACCUGUCAUGUCAGAUCCUUCUGCAUAAGCGAUUUUGUGCGUCAAGGCUGUUCUGCAUCAAGGCUGUUCUGCAUCAAGGCUGUUCUGCAUCAAGGCUGUUCUGCAUCAAGGCUGUUCUGCAUCAAAGGCUGUUCUACAUCGAGGCUGUUCUGCGUCGAGGCUGUUCUGCGUCGAGGCUGUUCUGCGUCAGGGCUGUUGGCGCUCCCGAGGCUAUCUUCUGA